CUACAGGGCAAGGGCUGCCAACGCAUCCAGGACAAGCACGCGUCUCCUCCCGCUGCAGCAGUAUGGAGGAGAUGGGAAAUCGUACCAAGUUUCAUCGAGCUGAAGAUCCGGAGGCUGAAACUCUUCCAGGGCGCGGCAGCUCACCCGAACGAAUUCAAGCACAUGGUCUCAGUACUAUCCGGAGAACUACGACUGGAACACUUGCUACGACAACACGACCCACCAGUGGCUCCACCCAUGCUGGCCGACGACGGCUACAUCAACCCCGACGCGCAUUUCAUCGCCAGGCAGUCCGCGACGGACAUCUAGGACAUGAUGACGCUAGACGUGACCGAACCUCUGGAGAUAUUGGAUUUGCUCGGCAGCAUCGUCGACCUCGUCACCGAGUCCAGCAUCGCCGAGGCCUUCGCAGGGGUCGACGUGGGUUACAUGCGGGCCGCCUACCUUCGACGCACCGUUGCGCCACCAGGGUCUGCUGCUGAGUUCUCGUCGGAGCUUGCCCCUGACGCAUAGGCCGAACUGUUCGUCUGCAAGCUAAAGACACCAGAAGGUCGCGCAUGUGGAACAGCGUGGUAGAGCACACGCGCACUUUACGCACGCCAGCGGGGACUCGCACCAGGAGGGGAACACGACGUGUGCCCAUUACUAUCACAGGUCACGCUCACGAACGAGUGCACCAUAUGUGGUACUACGUUCCCACCACGCACGGGCGCACAACAUCAUAGCACGGCAGAUUGGAGAGCGCACACACGUAACUUAAACCAGACUUCGGACCCAUACCCGAUAAUCUCAAAUGCCCGAUCUGCCAACAGACAUACGAGGAGCACAGCACCUUUCGGACUCAUCUCCGCAGUCAUCUCCCUCAAGACGUACUGGGCGAACACACGUUGUCCCUCCCACGACCCGCGACACCAGCCACCGACCGACACGGCGGCGCCGACAGAUGUUGAGAUGCCCCGCAGGGGGAGUGGCAGCGAAGGCGCCUUGGCGCGCCCCGACGGCGCCCCCCCCGCCGCCCGGGCAUGGCGGGCGAGGCGCACGGAGCGACGAGCGCUCGAGGAGCGAGGGCCGUGGAUCCAGACAGGCAGCAGCCAAGGACACCAACGAGGGCGACACCUUCGACCCGAGGAGCAGCAGCUGGAGCACGCGUACGCCGCAGACGUGGAGCAACGUUCAAGCCGAAGCAGGCCCCCAGGCAGAUGAAUGACGAACUGCAGGACCUGCCGCUCACCAUCCUGCGCGCGACCUACCAGAACGCGAAGAACAUCCGCGAGCCCAAGGGCAGCAUCAUCACGACUGUGAGAGCAGAGGAGAAGGACCCAUUGGCCGUCGCCAUCGAGACGGAGAACAAACGCUACGCCCGCGCCAUCCUCCAAGAAGGAGAAUCACACAAAAGUGUCCCCCCCCCAGCACUUGGAGCAGCCAUGGCGAUGGUGGAGACGUUGGCCAAGCAGGACAUAGGAGCGAAGUGCAGGGCGGACCUCGAGAGCUCGAUCCAGGCACUUAACCAGAUGGACGAGCACCAAGUCGCCGACACCUUCCCGCUGUGCAAGCUGGAGAAAACCUUCGAGAGCGGCCAGUGCAAGAUCCCCUUCACGCGCCGCAGCCAGGAGAUCAGGCAGCACAUCAUGAACGCGCUCCACAGCGGCAACAGGCAGGCAUGCACGGGGCCAGCCCCAGCGAGAUUCGUGGAGGACGAACUAGCUCUAUGGAUGGAAGCGAUGAUGGAGGAGCUGUGAGCCACCCCAGUACUACCACACGGGCAAGCCGAGCUGGUGAGAUUGGGACGGAUUGUGAGAUGGACGGCCAGUCCAUGCGACGCUUGAAGUCUAUGUCAGCAAAUGGAUCACAAACUGGUGCGAGCAGUAGUUUGAUAGACAUUCCGACGGCUGAGGAAAAUUCACGAAGCCUAGAGUUCCGCCCCCAACAGCACACGACCCUCCCAGCUGAUGGAGUGCACAAGACUGGUGACGAGCACAACGGCUUGAUUCAGUUGGAAGAACAUACGAUUGGAGCGCGUGCCGGAACGGGGGCCACCUCGACUUCUGAGUAUCUAAGGGUUGGUUCACUUGUCGUAAUCAGUGGGGCUUCCGCCCGCCGCCUGGACACACUGCCAACUUGAGAAAGCCCUGCCGAUGCCCCAUAUGCCGUCCGCUUGUCCUCCCGCUCCUCCCCCUCAGGGCGUUCGCGCCCCCCUUCAGACGGCUCGCGGCAAAGGGCGCGGUCGUGGGAGAGGUAGGGGAAAGGGGCGCGCACCUCGGCGAGCUGGGUCGCGGACUCGCCGCCCUACGUGGUGCGCCGAGCCGUUCACGAUCAUCGGCGGUGGUGCCAUAAUGAGACGCCACAUUGAGGCGAGCACCGCCUAGGUUCCAGAGUACUUCAGAGCACGUUUUUGUUUCUCUUCAAGAACUUUGGACAUGUCGGUGUUGUGAG